AUGACUUACAUCUCCGUGGCAGCUUGCACGCUGCCAAGCGUCCCCCUCGAUUUCAAGGGCAACCGGGAUCGAAUAAUCCAGUCCAUCCGCGUCGCCAAAGAAAAAGGCGCCACCAUACGGACAGGCCCUGAGCUCGAGAUCCCCGGCUAUGGCUGCCUUGAUCACCACCUGGAGGGCGACACCUUCCUGCACAGCUGGGAGGUGUUGGCCGACAUCAUCUCCGACGAGGCGUGCAAGGGCAUGCUCGUGGACGUCGGCCUUGGCGUUCGCCAUCGCAACGUGCGCUACAACUGCCGCGCUCUGUGUACCUACAAGAAGAUCUUCUUCCUCCGGCCCAAGAUGGCACUGGCAAAUGACGGCCUCUACCGAGAGAUGCGCCACUUCACGGCUUGGGCAAAGCCCUACGAGACCGAAGACUACUACCUCGAGGAUGUCGUUUCACAAGUCACAGGCCAGUGGAAGGUGCCCAUCGGGGAUGCCAUCUUGUCCUGCAGGGACACUGCCGUAGCUUGUGAGACCUGCGAAGAGCUCUUCACGCCUCUCAACCCGUCUUCGAAUUUGGGCCUCAAUGGCGCCGAGGUCAUCCUCAACAGCAGCGCCAGCCAUGCCGAGCUGCGGAAGCUUCGGACACGCCUCGACCUGAUUUCAAAUUCCACGAGGAAGCUGGGCGGUAUCUACGUCUACUCCAAUAUGACCGGCGUGGAUGGUGAUGCGCGUAUGAUGUUCGACGGAUCCAGCAUGGUGCUCGUCAACGGAGAAGUCGUCGCCCAGGGCUCCCAAUUCUCGCUGCGUCCCGUCGAGGUCGUCACGGCGAUAAUCGAGCUCGAGAAGGUCAGAAGCUACCGUUCAUCAAUCUCUCGGAACCAGCAGGGCGCGAAGCAACGAGAGUUUCCCAGGGUUGAAUGUGACUUGCGCUUGGGAUUGUCGUCUAGUCUAGUCCCCUCCAAGUACCGAGCGUCCAAGGCCAUGGAGCUCAAGAUCCUCGAUCCUAUGGAGGAGAUAGCCAACGCGCAAGCCGUCUUCCUCUGGCAGUAUCUUUCCCGGACCAACUCGCCCGGCUAUUUCCUUGCGCUGAGCGGUGGUCUCGACUCCUCAACAGUAGCCCUUUUUGUCUACAGCAUGGCUCGGAUGGUACUGAAGGCCAUCCAAGACGGCGAGCAGACUGUCCUUGAUGACCUCCGCCGUGUUACUGGGGAGAAGUCGUUCACACCUUCCAAGCCGGAGGACAUCGUCUCGCGUGUAUUCCACACCUGCUACAUGGGUACUGUGAACUCGGGCGAAGAGACACGGUCUCGCGCAGAGAAGCUCGCCAAGCGACUCGGUGCCUACCACUCUGAUAUCAAAAUCGAUGAUGCUGUCGUGGCCCACGAAAACAUUAUUGCGCAAACUCUGGGUGGCUUCCGCCCGAAGUACUCCAUCGAAGGCGGCAGCCCGGCGGAAAACCUGGCGCGGCAGAACAUUCAGGCGCGGAACCGCCUGGUCGUGGCCUACGAGCUCGCGCAACUAUCCACCACCGCACGCAACACGCCCCGCAAGGGUGGUGCAUUGCUCGUCCUUGGUUCCGGAAAUGUCGACGAGAACCUGCGAGGAUACUACACCAAAUAUGAUGCCUCUUCAGCGGACAUCGCCCCUCUGGGCAGCAUCUCGAAGACGGACGCUAAGAGUUUCCAAGCGUGGGCGCGCGACAACUGGGACCUGCCCAUCAUGACCGAGUUCAUCGAAGCUACUCCCUCGGCAGAGCUCCUCCCCCUGUCCGCCGGCGUCCAGGAUGACGAGUCUGACGCGGAGAUGGGCUUCACAUACGACGAACUCUCCCAGUUCGGCAUCCUGCGAAAGGUGGAGAAGCUGGGACCGUGGUCGACCUACCAGCGCUUGCUCGUGGACUGGCACGAGCGGCCCGGCUUUGACCGUCGCAAGAUCGCCGACAAGGUCAUGCGUUUCUUCAGGUUAUACUCCAUCAACCGCCACAAGGCCGUCAUCCUCACGCCCAGCCCGCACCUGUCGGCGUACAACCCGGACGACAACAGGCAUGAUCUGCGGCCCUUCCUGUACGUGGUGGACUGGCCGUGGCAAUUCAAGAAGAUUCGCGACGAUCUUGAGGAGAGGGACAAGGCAGAGAAAGAGGGUGUUCUGAACGAGGACAUCGAUUAG